AUGUGCUCGAUCGCAUCCACGCGCCUGUCCGCCAAGGCGCGCCUCCGCGGCGUCUCGAUCGGAAACUCGAGCGCGGCUCGACGCUCGCCGUCGGCUGUCGUCCGUCAGCCGCGUGGCGAGUCUCUGCGCGUGUUCGCCGCGCGCUGGCUGCUCAAGAACUGCGGCCCGAAGACGAUCGAGCACCUGGGCGAGGACGUGGAGAUCCCGGGCGAUUUCGAGCUGAAGGGCCCGCGCGUGGUGGUUGGGCGCCAGGCGUCGGAGAGCGUCUCGCUCGAGAUCGCCGUCCCGACGGUGUCCGGCGCGCACGCCAUGCUGGAGGUGAGCGACGACGCGGUGAUGGUCACCGAUCUGUCGUCCACGAACGGGACCUUCAUCGAGGGCGAGGAGCUCCAGGCCGGGAUAGCCUACGAGCUCAAGGAGGGAUCCGAGGUCAUCUUCGGAGACGAGUUCCUCGCGUGCUUCGAGCUCCUCAAGCUCAAAAACUAG